AUGGGCUCCAGAGGUCACAGCACGCUCCCACGGACUCUCAUGGCCCCUCGGAUGAUUUCUGAGGGAGACAUAGGAGGCAUCGCUCAAAUUACCUCCUCUCUCUUCCUGGGCAGAGGCAGUGUGGCCUCCAACCGGCACCUCCUCCAAGCUCGUGGCAUCACCUGCAUCGUUAAUGCUACCAUUGAGAUCCCCAAUUUCAACUGGCCCCAAUUUGAAUAUGUUAAAGUGCCUCUGGCUGACAUGCCCCAUGCCCCCAUUGGACUGUACUUUGACACUGUGGCCGACAAGAUCCACAGUGUGAGCAGGAAGCAUGGGGCCACGUUGGUGCACUGUGCCGCGGGGGUGAGCCGCUCGGCCACUCUCUGCAUCGCUUACCUGAUGAAAUUCCACAGUGUGUGCCUGCUGGAGGCGUACAACUGGGUGAAAGCCCGUAGGCCUGUCAUCAGGCCCAACGUAGGUUUCUGGAGGCAGCUGAUAGACUACGAGCGCCAGCUCUUUGGGAAGUCGACAGUUAAAAUGGUACAGACACCUUAUGGCAUAGUUCCAGACGUUUAUGAGAAAGAGUCCCGACACCUGAUGCCUUACUGGGGGAUAUAAUGCCACCAAAGCCUGCAUCAGCAGCCCCUUGAGCAGUACCAGCAUCUGCUACACACCGUCUGUUCCCCUCUUCACCUUUCUUUUCAAAUGGUUGACUCCUGGCUCUCCCUGAAGUGUUUUUUACACUGGGUGUUCAGGUUUAUUUUAAAAGAUGGGGGGUGGGGGGGAGGAACAUAAGGGGAAUGCAUACAUUGCUAGUAACAUUUUUAAAACUAACAUUUUGGAAUAGUGUUUAUGAAAAUCUUUAACUGGCUUUUAAUCAUUUUUAACAAUUUGAACAGUUUAAUAAACUGUUUGGUUCUGCUAUAUUCUGAAUCCCAUGCCUUUAGGCAUCAUGGCAGGUGCCAGAGGAGCUCAGUGCAAAAAUCACUUUGGGUCCUGAUUAACCCUUUAGAGACAAGCUUUGCCCAAGGCUGCUGACCACACAAAUGCUUAGGGAAGAUUGAUACCAGCUUCAGUCUCUACUGGAUUAGCCCUACUCUUUCCUUUCCUAUUUAGUGACUCUGUAAGUUAAAAAACAAAAACAAACAAAAAAAAACACCUUUGUUAUCUAGUUGUUAAGUAAUUAUAAUGAAAUCUGCAAACACCCUCUUGGAAUCAUUGUGCCCCAGGACUACAUUAGCAUUAUUUUUAAUAAAUAUAUCUGCAUAA